CCGUAUUAUAAACAAAUGAUUAGACUUAAGCAACUACAAUUUAUUUAUUAUGUUUGCUUUAUAAUUGCCAUUUCAUCAGUGAUCGUGGAAACUACGAUGGCAAUAAAAAUAUUCACGGCUUUGUUGUUGGUAGGCCUCAUUUCAGGCGCUCCUACCUCUGUAGAUAACGAUGAGAAAAUAACAAUCGAUAAAGACUACUAUCCACGGGACUUCGUUAAAUACGAAGGAAGCCAUGAUAUUAUAAGCAUAGUUGUACCCUUAAAUUCACUUAAUUUUGACGAAAACGAAUCUGGCGAAUCCAAUUCUAAUGAAGAUGAAAGUAACAUUACAGUAUUUUUCGUUGAAGCAGAUAUUGAUGAAGAUGGAAAACCCACGUAUCAGGGUUUGUUUACCUUAAAAGAUGGAAAUGUCAAGAAGAUUUUAGAAAAUGGAAGAGAUGCAGCUUCCUCUGGCGACAGUAGCAGAACUGUAUACUUAGCAGCUAGUGAUGGUCUCUACACAUACAAAGAGGAUGAGCAAAUAGCUGUAAAAUAUGGUUCUUUAACUGACAGCAUCAUUGGCAUUGCUCACAUAGCCGAGGGUAAUACUUUAUACAUUUUAACUGAUGAUCAUACAGUUUACGAAGUCCAAAAUAAUGGUAAUGAUAAAAGUAAACUUGAAGAUAUACUUGAUGCGCAACAGAUAAUAUUGGAUUACGCAAAUAAUCUUUACUUCUAUACUUCGGAUAAGAAGGUUUAUGUAAAGACAACAGAAGGCAUAAAAGAGAUAGUAGGUUUGCCAGAAAAUUCUACAAAAAUCACUCUUAUUAAACCACCAUUUAUUCUAGAAGAUAGCAUUCCUGUUUUGGUUGAUAAUGUUGCUUACAUUGUUUACUCAAACGGUACCAGUGAAAAUUCUGACUUUGAUUUCAAAGUUGAUGCUAUCCCAUCAGCUUUUGGCAUGGAAGCUGCUUUAAUUCAAUACUAUGCUUAUGAUAAGAAAAUAUACGAAUACAAUGUUUUAGUUUUAGUCCUGGGCGAGAUUUUAGAUGAAUUGAAAAACUUUUUAAGCAAUAAAACUAGCGACAUACAGAGUUUAGCUGCAAACAGAAGAGCAAGUCUGCGAAGUAAGUGAAUAGGAUAUAUGAUCUAGUGCUGUGCUGUGCUGUGCUAGUGUUUUACCUUUAAAUCUUCAAGAAACAGCAAGAUUAUAUAAAUAACUGAGUAAAUUACUAAAA